CUUCGUCUGCAGGCAACCUGCAGGCCUCUGCAGGCCAACCGUUUCCAUCGGGCUCUCUUUUCAUAACGGCUCGGCCACAGUCAGCAGCGAUAUCAAUCUCUACCAAAGGCAGCAACUGUAGCCAUGUCUGGCUGAGCUGCACGCGUGCGGUGCCGGCGGAAGCUCGAGUGACGCUCACUGAAGUCACAGAGGCUCGCCAUCAUGAUACUUAAGUUAGUAACCGUGGAGGACUGUUCGCGUUAUCCCUGCUCGAGUCAGAGUGUUCCCAUGCAUCCCUAUCCGAGGCCGCUCUAUGGGUCACAUCAUACUCGGUGGAACAGCCUGCCUGGGGGUGGUCGCGGACGACGGUAUAUAAAGAGCAGUUCAAACAGAGAGGGCCCAAGCACCGGAGCAUCUAGUAGCGACUUUGACUCUGAAUCACCGGAGACGCAACCCAAACAAUGAACAGCACUCUAAACACCUCCAUCCUCAUUGCUGGUGCAGGCCCCUCGGGCUUGGUGCUCGCGCUCGCGCUCGUGAAGAACGGCGUAAAAGUGCGCAUCAUUGACAAGGAGCCGUUCUAUCGCCCUGGUCAGCGUGGCGCCGGCAUACAGCCUCGAACUCUCGAGAUCUUCAACUACCUCGGCGUCCUCGAUGACAUGCGGGCCAAGGGAAUCAUUGCGCCAACGCAGCGCCGCGUGUACAAGUUGCCGGGUGGAGUCGAGCCUCUGAAGACAGUCAACAUGCUACAGUACGACGAACCGACCCCCUCCACGCCGAUCAUCGCUCACCGUUCAGCCACCCUGAGAAAGGCCAAUGGUAUCCACAUUGGUCAGGAGAAUAGCGAAGCGAUCCUGCGAGCCCACCUCGCGAAGUACGGCUGCUCGGUUGAACUCGGGACCGAAUUGCGCGAUCUUGAACAGUACCCCGACCACAUCGUCGCUCACGUCGCCAGGAAGGCUGGUGAUGCGGAGAAGAUGGACACGAUCACCUGCCACUUCUUGGUCGGGACUGACGGAGGCAGAGGAGUCACCCGGAAGUUACUCGGCCUGACCUUCGAGGGAGAAACCCGCGCUCAGCACACUUUGGCGAGCGAGAUUGAAAUCUUCAAUCUGGACCGGAACUGGUGGCAUCAAUGGGGCGACAUGUCGACGAUCUACUGCAUGAUGCGUCCGACAGAGACACCCAAUUCGUUCUAUGUCGCCCUUGGUGGCAACAUCGACUACGAGAAGCUCGAGUCAGACAAGGACGAAUUCGUCAAGGCCAUCUACGCCGCUACCGACCGGUACGACUUGCAAUUUGGGAAGCGCCACUGGAUCUCGGAUUGGCGCCCGAACAUUCGCAUGGUGAACAAGUUCCGCGAAGGGUGUGGCUUCGUCGCCGGAGACGCCGCGCACGUUCACAGUCCGACGGGAGGCCAAGGCCUAAACUCCAGCGUGCAAGACUCGUUCAACCUGGCCUGGAAGCUCGUCCUCGUCGCGAAAGGCUGGGCUUCCCUCGACCUGCUCGACACCUACACCGAGGAGCGCCUCCCGGUCAUUGCCGCCAUGCUGCAAGAGAGCACCGCGCUCCUUAACGCUCUGCAAACCUCGAAGACAAGCGGCAAGGACGACACGGCGUGGAAGCGCGAGAGGCUGCUGAAGAUGCUCGGCAUCAACUACCGCUGGAGCUCUAUUGUCGUGGACGAGCGCGCGGAGAAGCCGAAGGAACCGGUCGACGUCUAUGGCGGCGAGACGGGUGGCGAUCUGCGCGCGGGCGAUCGUGCGUUGGACGCUCCGGGCUUGGUCGUUAUCGACGGGUCUGGCGACCAACAGGCUACGCUGUCGUUCUUCAGCAUCUUCCGUCCGAUGUACCACACCGUCCUCCUCUUCACCCCGGAUGGCAGCGUCGUGCAGCCCAUCCUCGAGGAGCUGAAGCGCUACCCCACUGGUAGCGUGAAGACCGUUGUCGUCUAUCCUCGCGAUGCGGCGGAUGUAUCCACCGUUGUUGAGGCUGACUUCACCGCUGUGGACAACGAGGGCCAUGCGUACGCGGCGUACGGCGUGUCUAUUGAGCGUCCCGCGACGGUCGUUAUUCGCCCUGACGGUGUGGUGGGUGCGAUUGUGUUUUGCCUUGAUGGGUUGAAGGCGUACAUGACUGCCGUGUUCUCCGCACUCUAGUAUGGCCCGUCCAACGGAACUCGCCCCUAAGAAAUGUAUACAUGCUACGUCGACUUGGAUUGCAAUACAGUGGUGAUGAUUGAGAGAAA